CUAAUAAUAUCCUCCACUGACAGAUUAGAGAUAAAGAGACGUGUGGGUUAAAUAAGAGAGCACAUCUCUAUUCUGUUAUCGAUAAUCAGUUUGAGGAAAACUCCAUACAAACCCAGAGAUAAGACAAGAUGCCUGAACAAGGGCAAGAGAGGAAGUCCAAGAUCUCAGCCUCAAGAAAGCUUAUGCUAAAGAGUUUGAUGGUGGCGAAAGCCAAAGAGGAGCUGGAUCAGGAGAUGUUGGAUAAAGAGGAGGAGAAGCAGAGGUAUCUGAUGGAGAAAAUCCCUCCUCUGAAAACACAGGGCAUGUCAUUCGCUGAGCUCCAGGAACUCUGUCAAGAGCUUCAUGCUAAGAUUGAUGUGGUGGAUGAGGAGCGCUAUGAUAUUGAAGCCAAAGUCUUACUGAAUAAGCGUGAGGUCAAAGACCUGAACAUCAAGGUUCUGGACCUGAGGGGGAAGUUCAAGCGCCCCACCUUGAGAAGGGUGAGGGUCUCAGCAGACGCCAUCCUCCGAUCUCUCCUAGGCUCAAAGCACAAAGUCUCAAUGGACCUACGAGCCAACCUCAAAUCUGUGAAGAAAGAGGAUACUGAGAAGAAGAGGCCAGUUGAGGACAGCGACUGGAGGAAGAACGUGGAGGCCAUGUCUGGUAUGGAGGGAAGAAAGAAGAUGUUUGAUGCGGCAAAAGGCCCCACCCAGUGAAACCUUGUCUAGUACAGUUAACACACAAGAUUAUGACACGUAUUGUUUGGCGACUAAAAAUGAUUAGGAUUUGAGCUACACACUCAAUAUACUAUUAAAUACCAGAUAUACUGUUAUUUCAGAUGUCGCUGUAAUUCAUUGCAGCUCUGCCCAAAGCAAAGCAAAAAGGCAGUAACUGCAUUUUUGGUUAAAAAUGAGUUAUUGUCAUUUUCAAUGACAUUCAAGGCAUCCUUUGUUAUGUGACAAAACAUCUUAUCUGACAUGUGCGUCGUUUUGGAGAAAAAUGGUAGUUGUUUGUACAGUAACUACUUAGGCUGGAUGACAGGAUAACUUUUAAGUAAUUUUUCUCAGUUCUGCACUCUGCGUAGUUACUGCCUUUUUGCUUUGUAGGGCAGUACUGCUUUAACAUUGUUACAAAUGAUUGUGCGACUUUCAUGUGGCCAAUAAGUAAAUACUUACUAGCUUAGUUGAUCUUUUACUAUGUCAAUAUUCAGUUAUUAGGAAGAGUCAAAGGAAGAUAUACCAAUGCAUCAUUAGGAUAAACUAAGAGAAAUAUGUAUUGAGGUGCAAGGCUCAUUAUAUUUAAUCUUUCAAAAAGGAUCCCAUGCUCAAUUAGGCAUGUUUCUUUUCUGAUAGUCUGGCUGUGAAUUAUUGUUUAGGAAAGCUCUUGCAGUGCUGAAAUUAAACAUAUACAAUAAAAAGCACAAAAAGCUUGUCCAAACUAUAUGUAAUUAUACUUUGGAAAAAAAGCGUAUAGUAACACAGCCAGGAUUGUGUGAGAAUGUCCUUUUUGCAUGCUGUUUAACAGUUAAGUAGCUGAAGAAUUUAAACAGAUGUGCUGUGUUUCUUUGUUUAGUCUAAUUUGAUGCAAAUGUUUAAAAUGCUAUUGAGCAGGAUCAUGCAGGAGAUAGGGAGCUCGUUCAGGAAGUGAAGCGUUAACUACUGUAUAAAGGCUGUCAUUUGAAGACAGUGGACUCCAACCCUUAUUUGCAUAGUGGAUAUCUCUGUCUUCCCUGUGUUGGCAUUGGGCGGGUGUUCAGGCCACUUAUCCAUACUGUACUUAUUUAACGUUUAACAGUCAAAGUUUAUUGUGACACUCCUUACUUGGAAUGUUUUUUUUUCUCUCUACUUGCACGAGUGAAUAAAGAGACAAUUGUAAACUAAACAAUAUAGCGGAAGCAUGCCACAGCAGCUGCCUAUUAUUUCCUCCAAGACCAAACCCUGUAGUAUACUGGAUGGUCUACUAUGGCUUUCAUAUUGCUCUGGGCAAAGUACAGCAGGUCUAGCUGUCUCUUACAGGUGCGGCACAGGGAAUAAAACAAACACCUCUAGCCUUUGAGCUUCAAUUAAUUCUGAACUUUAGAGCAAAUGCCACUGUAAAAUGUUAUAUUCACGUAAGAUAAUGUUUCUAAAUGUAACAUUGUUUUGAAACCAAGUACAUUUCACCAUAAGCAAUACUAUGAAACAAUGCAACAAAACUAAAUUCAAGAAUGCAUGAAAAAAAAGUUCCUAUUACAAGCAACAAAGAUAUCAGUGUCUGUAUAGGAUGAGAUUGAUUUAUAGUAGGAAUGAUCUCUGUUUUCAUUGAGUCACU